AUGGGUGCAAAUGGUUUGGCGAACGGGUCAAGCAGUCUCAGUGGAAGCAAUGGGCUCAAUGGGGAAUCUUCGAAGCGCUAUGCUAGCUAUCUGGCUAAUAGCAACCGGUACGAAGCGGUCGAUAGGAUGUUAGAUCGACGAGGGCCUUGGACAGAUGAACAAUUCGUCGGUGGCUCAGAGGCGAAAGCGUUUCUUCGUCAAAAGGCAAAGAUUCUCGUGAUCGGUGCUGGAGGUCUGGGCUGUGAGAUUCUGCAAAAUCUGGCCCUGACUGGCUUCAGCGACAUUCACGUCAUUGAUAUGGACACGAUAGAUAUCUCCAACCUCAAUCGACAAUUCCUUUUCAGAGAAUCCGACGUUGGCAAGUCAAAAGCUCUCUGCGCCGCCGAUUUCAUCAUGUCCCGCGUCCCUGGUGUCAAAGUGACUCCGUAUCACGGCAAGAUUCAAGACCAUGCACCAGACUUUUACAUGCAAUUCGCAAUAAUUAUUGCUGGUCUAGAUUCCAUCUCUGCACGUCGAUGGAUCAAUGCUACCUUGGUUAAUAUGGUAGACGAAGAGAAUGAAGACAGUCUCAAACCAUUGAUCGAUGGAGGCACGGAGGGCUUCAAAGGUCAAGCACGAGUCAUUCUACCCACCAUCACGUCAUGCUAUGAAUGUUCCAUCGACAUGCUCACUCCUCCCACCGUGUUUCCCGUCUGUACCAUCGCCAACACCCCUCGACUGCCAGAGCAUUGUAUAGAAUGGGCCUCUGUGCUGGAAUGGCCAAAGACUUUCAAGGAUAAGAAGCUUGAUACGGAUGAUCCUGAACAUAUCGAGUGGCUGUACCAAAAGGCGACUGCUCGAGCGGCUAUGUUCAAAAUCGAAGGUGUGACUUGGCAGUUGACUCAAGGUGUGGUGAAGAACAUCAUACCUGCAAUAGCGAGUACCAACGCCAUCAUCGCGGCCUCCUGCUGUAACGAAGCGUUCAAGAUCGCUACCACUUGUGCACCGUACCUCAACAACUAUAUGAUGUACACUGGCAAUUCCUCAAUCUACACGUACACGUUCGAACAUGGUAAAAGGGAUGAAUGUCCAGUCUGUGGAGGUGAAGCUUCACUAGUCAGAAUCAGUAAAGACUGGACAUUGGAGCAGCUCGUGGAGCAUCUCAAAGAGGCCCAGGAAUUCAAGCUUUCCCGACCGUCUCUAUCCUCUGAAUCCGGUCCGUUGUUCUGGUACGACCCACCGGGCAUCUACGAAGCGACCAAAGGGAAUCUCGACAAGUUGGUCUUUGAUUUGCUUGGUCCUGAAGGCGGAGCGGUCUCUGUCACAGACAAGGCUUUGCCAGCCGCUAACUUGAGUUUGGAGAUUCAAUUUGAGUAG